AUUUUUAAUUACAAUAUUCUGUUUUUUUUGUUCGUAAUUUAAUGAUUUAUGAACGAAGAACAACAUCAAUAUGCUCUUCGCUCAUAACCCAAUUGGUUACAGCUGUUUACACGAUUUCUCUCUCUCUCUCCAUCGCUAUUCCUCUAUUCAAACUCCUAAUCAGAGUAAAAAAUCGCUUAAACUCUCUCUUUUCUCUAUUGGGUCUAAAUAUUUCGCCUCAGUUCUAUCGAUUAUUCUCUCAUUUUGUUGUUGUUUCUUCUGAAAAUCGAAGGGGUUUUAGAUUAUAUAUUAUCCAUCGCUUUCUUUAGUAGAUUUAAGGCAUUGAACUGUUCGAUGUUGUGAGAAAAUUAAGCAAGAACAAACCCUCUUCCCCCUUAAAUUUCUCCGUCUAUUUCGUGACAAAUAAUGCGGAGUUCUGUGAGAGAAAAGGGUAUUUUAUAUGCUUCUCUUAUCGAUUUGCGUGAGUGAGAUACAGAAAUUGGGAGUUUGGGUUUAUUUUGGGGUUUGUGAAGCGGCCUCGUUUGCUGUGAAGUCUCCUCUUCUUGGUUCAUAUGGGGAUUGGGUUUGGGGGAUUGGGGCCAUUAUUGGAUCUUUGUUUGAUUAUUUGGUGGAAAUGGUGCUGUUCUUCUUCUUGUUCUUCACGGAUUCUGGCUGUUCUGCUUUCUGUGGAGCACUGAAGAACUUGUUGUUCUUGGCUACUGAUCACAAGGAUACUUGAACUCAUCGAAACGUAAACAAACGAUAUCAAAUGGACAAAAAACUGUGAUCGAAAUGGAUCCUCAGGCUUUUAUUCGGUUGUCAAUUGGUUCUUUGGGAUUGAGAAUCCCAGGAACUGCUAUAAAUUCUACAAAACCUGGAGUCGGUGCUUUGUCUUCUCCGUGUUCGUGUGAAAUUCGUCUUCGGGGUUUCCCUGUGCAGACAUCUUCAAUCCCAGUAGUCCUGUCUCCUGAAGCCAUACCUGAUUCUCAUAGCAUUGCCUCAAGCUUCUAUCUUGAAGAGUCUGAUUUGAAAGCAUUACUGGCACCUGGUUGCUUCUAUAAUACUCAUGCCUGUCUUGAAAUAUCUGUCUUCUCUGGGAGGAAGGGAUCUCACUGCGGUGUUGGCAUCAAAAGGCAGCUGGUCGGGACGUUUAAACUGGAUGUCGGUCCCGAAUGGGGUGAUGGGAAGCCAGUUGUUCUUUUCAAUGGGUGGAUAGGCAUUGGCAAAAGUAAGAAUGAGAAUGGAAGACAUGGAGCAGAGCUUCAUUUGAGGGUGAAACUAGAUCCUGAUCCAAGAUAUGUUUUCCAGUUUGAAGAUGUCACGAGGUUAAGCCCACAAAUCGUCCAGCUUCGAGGCUCGAUCAAACAGCCGAUCUUCAGCUGCAAAUUUAGUCGAGACAGGGUGUCCCAGGCGGAUUCAUUGAGCAACUAUUGGUCAGGCUCUGGUGAUGGCUCGGAUGUCGAGGCCGAUCGGAGGGAAAGAAAAGGCUGGAAGGUGAAGAUACAUGAUCUUUCUGGCUCGGCUGUUGCAGCAGCCUUCAUAACUACUCCCUUUGUGCCAUCAACAGGUUGCGAUUGGGUUGCCAGGUCGAACCCCGGGUCCUGGCUGAUUGUUCGUCCUGAUGUUUCCAUACCUGAUAGUUGGCAGCCAUGGGGAAAGCUCGAGGCAUGGCGCGAGCGUGGGAUCAGGGACACUGUCUGCUGUCGCUUUCACCUUCUCUCUGAAACACAAGAGGGAGGGGAACUUCUCAUGUCUGAGAUCCAUAUCAAUGCCGAGAAAGGUGGGGAAUUCUUCAUCGACACUGACAAACAGUUGCGAGCUGCAACGAGUCCAAUACCGAGCCCGCAGAGUAGCGGAGACUUUGCAGCAUUAGGCCAAGUAAUCGGAGGCUUCGUCAUGAGCUGCAGAGUACAAGGAGAAGGAAAGAGCAGUAAGCCAAUGGUUCAACUGGCAAUGCGACAUGUGACAUGUAUAGAAGAUGCUGCCAUUUUCAUGGCGGUUGCAGCUGCAGUUGAUCUCAGCAUCGAGGCAUGUAGGCCAUUCCGUAGGAAGAUUCGGCGAGCGCCUCAACAUUCUUAGGGAGAAAACAGAAGGAAAAAAGGGUCAGAAUAAGUGCUUUUAAGGUAAAAUUGAUGUGUAGAAACAUAAACAAAGAUGGGGCAUACAUCAUUAUGAAACUUAUCUUUGAAGGGUAUAAAAUUUGGCAUUUUGUACAG